GGCAAAAAUUGUGAGGGGGAGAGAGACUGUGUUUGUGUCCCGGGUGUUUUUGUCUCUGUUAGUUAGGACUGAACGUGUGCAGGGCACAACCUCACAGUUACUGGAGUGACAGCACAGCAUCUCGCUAACACCCAAGUUGGAAGCCGCCCAACUUGAUAAUGUUUUGUUUUUGAGGGGGCAUGUGUUUACCUGCAGAGGGUCUUGUUUCAGAGAAGCACGUACGGGACCCUCAUGUUCCAGAGCGAGUAAGGGACGACACACUGGUCAUGGAUAGCCUGAACCGAAAUCUUACCGGUGGGAUCAAGUCUCACCAGGUGCUCCAGAGCACUCCACUGGAUUUGAUCGAGACUGGGAAAGUGCUCAAAGUCCAGGCAGAGCGCCCCCAUUUGGUCAGUCUGGGAAGUGGCCGUCUCAGCACAGCCAUCACACUGUUGCCCUUGCCUGAAGGCAAGACCACUCUGGGUCUUGGAGCUAUGGACAUCAACAUCCAGGGCCCAGGGAUUGCAGCUCAACAUUGCUUUAUAGAGAACAAGACUGGAAUCAUUACCCUGCACCCCUGUGGAAACCAGUGUAGCAUUGACGCACUUCCUGUCAGCAAGCCUGUUCGCCUGUCUCAAGGCUGUAUGCUGUGUUUCGGCCAAUCCGCCUUCUUCCGCUUCAAUCACCCCGAGGAGGCUUUCCGAAUGAAAAGCAUGAUGCCUGAAGGAGGACAGACAGGCAGUGUGAAAAGCCAGGCCCUCACAGAUUCUGAGAACCUGGUCAAUGGGAACCACCCGUCAGGUGCACCAGAAUCUCACCUGGUUACCAACAAGAAAGUGCGUCUGGAACACAGUGCCAUUGUCAGUUCCAUUGAGAAGGACCUUCAGGACAUUAUGGACUCAUUAGUCAUGGAUGACCCACAACCGUCUUCCUCUAAGAAACCUUCUGGCCAGCCCAUCUCCCAAUCUCCACUGUCCCCCAUGUUAAAUGGAGGUGGCCGAUUCCUUCUCUCUCCUCCAACGAGCCCUGGUGCUAUGUCUGUGGGCUCCAGUUACGAGAAUACCUCCCCUCCUUUUUCCCCUCUCUCAUCCCCAUCGGCGGCCAGCAGCGGCAGCUACACAAGUCCAUCCCCGAGUGGUUGUCAGGACCAGAUUCACAUGCUUCCUCCUGUGCCAGUUAGGUCCUCUAGUUACAAUUACACCAGCCAGCCACCCAUACCUCAGCCACGGACCAUACUGCCCAGCGGAGGCGGUGGUGGGCCAAAGGUUCUUGAGAGUCCAAGACUACAGAGAAAGGCUCUAUUAGAAGCACCGCCGAGCCCAAAGCCUGCCCGCAGGGGUUUGAACCAAGAUAACUCGGGGGCUAAAACCCCCGACAGCCCCUUACAGAUUACCCUUCUGCCCUCAGUCUCAAUCUCCACCGCUCCAACUGAUGCCCCAUCUGUCAGUCGGUUGCAAGUUCCAGGAAGCCCCAGACUGACCCCCAAAUUCUCUACUGCAUCUCCAUCAUUCUCACCCUCCAGAACUAAAGCUGCUAUUGUCCUUCACGAUCGACCCUCAAGUCCCUUCAGGGAGCAGCCUCAACCAGAUCGCUCCUCGACGUCCAGCCCCUCACACCAGCUCUCCCCACCCUCCCGAUCUUUCCAGCCUCCUUUGGACCCCAUUGUCCAUAUCAUUCAGGGCGGACCUCCACACCAACGCACACUACAGCCUCCUGAAUCUCCGCGGCUGACCCGCAGGAACCUCGAAGGGAGCAGCAUGAGGGAGCUUCCCCCUCUCAGCCCCUCCAUGGCUCGCAGGGGGUUUCCUGUGCUCCCGGGAGCACUGCCAGGAACCCUGCGCACUCCGGAGAGCCCAUCCCCGAGAACUGUCCCAGAGAGCCCCAGACUAAGGCGGAAAGCAGGGUCUCCUACAGAGGACCAGUUCAGCCCUCGUGCGGUGCGUGCCCGUAGCCCCUCGCCCACCUCGGGACUGAUGGGGGAAGGUGGCGGGCGGAAGGCCAGUUUUGGGAACUCGCUCUCUUCGGCCUUCAGCUUGGGUUCUCUGCCUGGAUCAUCGCCCCGCUCCAGUCCGAGAAGCCACAGGAAGAUGUCAGCGGGCCACAGGGACCUCCGGAUGCCUCACCCUGGCAUGAGAGAGCGCAAAAACAGCAUCACGGAGAUCAGCGACAACGAGGAUGACCUUCUGGAGUAUCAUCGGUGCCAAAGAGAAGAGCGACUCAGAGAGCAGGAAAUGGAAAGGCUGGAACGACAGCGAUUGGAGACGAUCUUAAACCUCUGUGCGGAGUACAAUAAGGGCGACGGGCCACCGGGCGAUCUGGGCAGGAUGGGCGUCUCCGGGCUCGGCUCCAGGGAGGGGCUUAACGUCAGACGUCCUUCUGUGGAAAGCGUGAGCAGCGUUUCCUCAAGAGUGGCGCAGAGAUACCUGAAGGAAGACUGCAACAGCAGUGAGGGCUCACAGUUCAACGGACGAAACCCGACAGGUCUGCUGAACGGACAGAAUGGACAGGCAGAGGACUCAGGAUCAGCCAGUAUCGGCCGUCUGGAACUGGGGUACCUGGAGGAGGAGCGGGUUCGAGUGCUGGCAAAGGUAGAUGAGCUGAAAGCUCGAAUCACAGAACUGGAGCAGCAACUUCAGGAGUCCAAACAGGAGGCGGAGAUGGAGAGAGCUCUUCUGCAGGGAGAGAGACAGGCUGAGUUGGAGCAGAUCGAGGCCGAGACGGAGAUUAUCAACCAGCUGCAACGCAAACUCAGUGAAGUGGAGAGCACCUUCCAGAGAGAGAAAGACAAGGAGAGGGCUAAUGUUGACGCGGAGCGGGAAGCCCUGGAGAGGCUUCAGGAUGGGUACAAUGAGUUGACCAGCCAGCUGCAUAACUGCCCCGAAUCUCUGAGGGAACAGUUACAGGAACAACUCAAGAGGGAAGCGGAGACUUUUGAAGUUGCGACCAAGCAGUUCGAGGACCUGGAGUUUCAGCAGUUAGAGAAGGAGAGCAGUCUGGAGGAGGAACGCGAGACCAUCAGUCAACAGUUGCUUCAGGACAGAGCUCAGUACCACAGCAGCAUCACCAAACGAAAGGAGAAAGUUGCUGCUUUGGAAGCCCAAGCCAGUCAGUUGGGCAUGCAAGCGGCUCAGGAGUGUGAGAGACUGGCCAAAGACAGAAGCAUCACCUUGCAGCAGCUUCAGAAGGAAAAGGAGAGGCUUGCCAAUCUGGAGAGAAGAUACCAGAGUUUAACAGGAGGGAAGACUUUCCCCAAGAGCACCAGCUCUUUAAAGGAGGAAUACUUGAAGCUGUCGGAUGUUUAUAAGAUGUACGGGAGUGAUUUCCAUGACACCCAGCUCACCACCGUUUCCUCGCACGGCCUCUCGCUUGCCCUUGACCCGGCUGUAUCCCCCCGUGAGGAGUAUGUGACCGUGGGUCAGUUAAACCAGAUGUAUGGGAUGCCGAAGGUGGAGUCUUCUCCCACCUCUCCUCCUCAAUUACUUCAGUCUUCUCUCACAGACUCCGCCUUCUCCAGCCUCCCCUCCCCUCACGGCUCCUCCCUCUCGCUCUCCUUUGAGCGUCAGUCGGAGUGGGGCAGGCCUGACGUGCCCGCUCUAGAUUUAGAGCUCUGGUACCAGGAGGUGAUGGCAGCUGGAGAUCUGAACCAGCUCUGCCCUCCUCCCCUCCCGGCUAAAGCUUUCUCAACACGCAAGCCCGUGCAGGUUUAUCGCUCACGAUUGGACAGCGACUCCAGCCAAUCGUCUCUGAGACCUAAAGUCAGCGCCGGUCUGUCCCCCACAUACACUACAGCUACACUCGGACGCAACACCCCUGCCAGGAGCGCUUUGAUGGUAGCCAACAGCACCGGGAGUCUCCCACGCAACCUGGCAGCCACGCUGCAGGACAUCGAGACCAAGAGGCAGCUGGCCCUUCAGCAGAAAGGCCAGCAAGUUAUCGAGGAGCAGAGGCGGCGUUUGGCCCAGCUGAAGCAGAAGGCUGCAGUGGAGGCUCAGUGCCAGUGGGAGGCGCUCCAUGGCUCUCAAAUGCAGCUCAACAACCCCUUUACCUCCAGCCCCUCGCCGGUCGUACAUCACUCCAUCCUGCACCACACUUCGCCCUCUGCUGGCGAACAACCCUACGACACCCUCAGUCUGGAGAGCUCAGACAGCAUGGACACCAGCAUCUCCACGGGAAACAACUCCGCCUGUUCCCCCGACAACAUGUCCAGUGCCAGCGGUAUGGACGCAUUGAAGAUUGAGGAGAUGGAGAAAAUGCUGAAAGAGGCACAACUGGAGAAAGCUCGACUCAUGGAGUCCAGAGAGCGUGAGACUCAGACACGUAAGGUGAUGCUGGACGAGGAGAGGAGAAGGAGAGAGGAGGCGGAGAAGAGACUGGAGGAGGAGACGGUACACAGGCAGCAGCUGAUAGAGAAGGAGGUGAAGAUGAGGGCCAAAAACUUCUCUCAGGCGCGCCCCAUGACACGAUACCUGCCUAUACGUAAAGAGGAGUUUGAUCUCCGAUCCCACAUCGAGUCCUCAGGUCACAACGUGGACACGUGCUACCACGUGAUUCUCACCGAGAAGAUGUGCAAGGGCUAUCUUGUCAAGAUGGGAGGAAAGAUCAAGUCCUGGAGGAAGCGCUGGUUCGUCUUUGAUCGCCUCAAAAGGACUUUCUCCUACUACGCCGAUAAACACGAGAGCAAAUUGAAGGGCGUCAUCUACUUCCAGGCCAUCGAAGAGGUUUACUAUGAUCAUCUCCGUAGUGCCACAAAGAAAGGAUUUUUCAAUCUGAAUUUGACAAACAGCCCCAACCCCUCCCUGACGUUCUGUGUAAAGACCCACGACAGGCUUUACUACAUGGUGGCCCCCUCCGCAGAAGCCAUGAGAAUAUGGAUGGACGUGAUCGUGACGGGAGCCGAGGGCUACACGCAGUUCAUGAACUGAGAUGAAGAACCAUCGGCGCUCGCUGAUGCAGACUUCAAAACUCCAGACUGUUCGGCAGGGAGACUUCAAAGACCCAGACCUGUUAUUCUCAACUAGAGGAAAAAACUUUAUUUUGUUACUUCCUUUUUUGUUUUCUGAAGAUGUGGUAUAUUCGCACGGCUGCGCAGACGCUCACCCACUGGAGGUUUUCUGCACCUGCCUGGAUUCAAAAAGGGAGCCGGAAGAUGAAAAGACGGAGUGAGCUGAGCUGAGCCUGCAGGUGGCGGCGCGGUUGCCAUCGACGAAAAUGCCUUUUUGCCGUCAGAGAUAUCUUUUGAGUUGCAGUUUUUCUUGUCUGGACUUUUAUUUGUAAUCCAAAUGAUUUGUCUUUCCACACACAUCAUGGGGAAAAAUGCCAAAUGACAUUAUGCCAUUCUGGAAUCGUGUCGAAUCGACUGACAUGAAAUGGCGGACGUGAAUUAACUGCCGUAGGUUAUGUUUUUAAAUGUAGUAUUCCAUUCAUAUACAAACACGAGACAAGCUCAAAAUAUGGUUUUACUGAAACAAAGAUUUCAUUCACCAAAGCUCACCAACCAGCUCAGGAGUUCAUAUUUAUUGUAGAGAUAAUCAAACUCCUGUAUAAUUGUAUCUCACUGUGCUUGCGUUCCCAGCGAAUUCUUUUAGAUAUGCCACACAUGCACGACUCACAGACACGCAACGUAUAGAGUCUAUUUGCCAAGUCCUGAUAACUUGAUCUUGUGAUUUUAGUCCUGAGGGAGGCAGCCAUCUCUUAUCACUGCCAGCCCGCGAGAGCUCUGAAUAAUCGCCACACAAAAGGAAACAACGUCAUAAUCAUGCAAGUCAUGCAGUGCCUUGAUAUCGACCUGGAUUUGUCACUCUUGGAACUGUUACACUAGUGAAAAACGGCGAGACAGUCUUAUUCCAUGUGAGGUACAAUAUACAGUAUAUAUAUAUAUAGUGGGGUUUACUGUUUUAUAAAAUCUUAUGACAAUUCUGAAUAUCAGACGUGUACUGUAAUUUAAAAAAUGACGAUUUGGAUUAUUCACAUCUGUGUCUGAGGUGAUACUGUUUAAUACAUAAUCUAAGGAGAGAUCUUUGAGUAUUAACAGUUGUUCUACCUUACCUAAAAUGUUUAUUUAUAGAUCAUGUUGAAAAGACCAACACGCUUUGCCUUUUCCCAAAACCAAACGUUAUGAGACAAAUAUCCACAAACACAUCAACAUGAAAAAGUCUUCGUUUUGCGUGUAAAAUGUGUAUGAAGUCUUUCACACCAAUUAGUGAAAACAGUGGUGUUACAAUGUUGAACAGAAAUACAGCCAGUUUUCAUUA